AUGUCUAACUUUAACUGUCUGCCUCUUGGCCCGGAGGGUACCAUCUAUGAGAAGGAGAAAGGAUUCGACGACAAGUUCAGUAUCGAGAUAGACUCUACGAAGAUACAAUAUAUCAAAGAGCUGAAGAGAUCGGAGGCCUCAUCGAUAUUCCAUGUUAAAUACGGUGGCAAACCUCGUGUCCUCAAAGUUUUCCACAACAACGAAGACCCAGGGUAUGCGGACGAUGGAGUCCGUGACUUGAAUCGAGCUCGGUGUGAAAUCCGAGCCUACUGCCGCCUCAAACAAUUUGGCCUAUGUGACCAGGGCUAUGUGCCUCAGUUUUAUGGAUACACACUGUGUUUGGACCCGGCCGGCCAUACCCCUCAUCUGGAUGCUUUUAAGCGCGACGCCGGCCUUCCAAGUGCUAUUCUGAUAGAAUACUUACCGGAUCCAUCGCCUUUGACCUGCGUCAACUAUAGCAAAGAGAGAAUGGCCAAGGCAGUUGAGGGUAUCAAACAAAUUCAUUCAGCCUUGAUUGAGCACAACGACUAUUAUCCUAAGAAUAUUGUGAUUAUUCCCGGGGACCCCGAAAGAGUCAUGUGGAUAGAUUUCGAUGUUGCCAUUACUUAUCCUGACAGCACCUACAUUGGAGACAAGCAGCGUGGCUGGAUUGACAAUGAAACCCAGUGCGUUGAGGGCUUCGGGUUGAAGCUUGCAGAGGAUCAGAGACAGGGUCUCCCACCGAACACAAAAUAUUACUAG